AUGGAAUCAGGAAUACCACUUACAGGAAAUAUCACUACCCAAAGGCUUGGUAUUAAUGUUGUGCUAGCUUUAAUGUCCACUACUUCAAUCUCUGCCAACAUGAACAAUGUUCCAAUGUUAAAUGGAACAAACUUUAAGGACUGGAAAGAGAACAUAUUGAUUGUUCUCGGCUGCAUGGACAUAGACUUGGCAUUAAGAAUGCCAAAACCGAAUGAUCUCACUGAACAAAGUACUCCUGAGGAAAUUGUGUACUUUGAAAACUGGGAUCGUUCUAACAGGCUAAGUCUUAUGAUCAUGAAGCAUGGGAUUCCAGAAGUCUUUCGGGGUGCAAUAACAAAGGAUGUUACCGUUGCUGGUGAAUUUCUUUCGGAAAUUCAAAAGCGUUUUGCUAAAAAUGAUAAGGCUGAAAUAAGCACGCUUUUAGCAAGCUUGAUUUCAAUGAAGUAA